AAAAUUAAGAAAGUCAAUAGACAGUUAGGGCGAGUCGAACUUAGAAACUACUUAUACUUACCAAGUCAACUGUCAAACCAACUUGGUUGGGUUGCCCCUGCUGAAUUAUUUAUCUUUCCAGCUUAAUUGAUUCAGUGUUUGAGUGUUUUCUGGCUUGAAAGUUUUCCAUCUUUUAGCAUUAACCAGUAGCAAGUUUAUGUUAAGGUUGUUGAGCCAUCCUUCUAACUCUAAUUGAAAAUUCUCAAUAUAUAUGCAUGGUAGCUGUAUUUCUUGAUGCAGGAAACAAUGGAAGUUCUUCAAAAGUGAUUAUUGCCAUUGUAGUUCCAGCUGUUGGAAUUACACUCUUCAUUUCAAUCUUCUGUUUUCUAAGAAUUAGAAAUGUUAAGAAACGAAAUACCACAACACACACAACAGAUGUCAUUGGAGUUUCAGCAGAGGAGUCCUCGCAAUAUGAUUUUGCUACUGUUCAAGCUAUUACAAAUGAUUUCUCUCCUGAAAAUAAAAUCGGCAAAGGUGGAUAUGGUCCUGUAUACAAGGGAAUGCUUCCUAGUGGACAAGAAGUAGCUGUAAAACGGCUAUCAAGAAGCUCAGGGCAAGGAGCUCAAGAGUUCAAGAAUGAGGUUGAAGUAGUUGUCAAGCUUCAACACAGAAAUUUAGUAAGGCUACUAGGAUUUUGCACCGAAGGAGAAGAAAAGAUACUCAUCUAUGAAUUUGUGCCCAACAAAAGUCUUGACUACUUUUUAUUUGAUCAUGAUAAACAAAAUCUAAUGGAGUGGUCAAGGCGAUACAAAAUUAUAAGAGAAAUAGCACGAGGUCUACUCUACCUUCAUGAAGAUUCUCGUCAUAGAAUCAUACAUCGUGAUCUCAAAGCAAGCAAUAUACUAUUAGAUGCAAAUAUGGAUCCAAAAAUAGCUGAUUUUGGUAUGGCAAGAAUUUUUGGAGUUGAUCAAACUCAAGGAAGUACAAACAGAAUAGUCGGAACAUACGGUUACAUGUCCCCUGAAUAUGCAAUGCACGGAAAGUUCUCUAUAAAGUCGGAUGUUUUCAGUUUCGGUGUUCUACUUUUAGAAAUUAUUACCGGAAAGAAAAUUCGUAACUUCUGCCAAUCAAAUGAGGCACAAGACCUUCUUAGCUAUGCUUGGGAACACGGGAGGGAUGGUUGUCCAUUAAAAAUACUAGAUUCAACACUUGGAGAGUCUUAUACAAUAGAUGAAGUCAUCCAAUGUAUACACAUUGGUUUGUUAUGUGUUCAAAAAGAUGCAGAUGAAAGGCCUGCAAUGACAAAAGUGAUGUUGAUGCUUAGUAGUUAUUCUGCUAAUAAUUGGUCAGUACCUCAUGAACCUGCAUUUUAUCGUGGUGGGAUGUCGAGAGAGAUAGAGUUGCAACAGUCUGUGACUGUAAAUGAAAUGACAAUUUCUGAUCUCUGUCCAAGAUAA